CCAACGGCCUGACUGGCAGCUGGGGACACGGGCGUGUUCUAUUCUAGACUUUGACUUUAACUCUCUGAAGUAUUCUUUGAGCACAAUUUAAAAAUAAGAGACGAGACAAAAAUAACUUACCCCUAGGGACGAAAAGCAAUCCCACAGAUAGAGAAAAGCAAAAACUAAAGUUACUUUAAGAUUAAUGGGAUAGAAAAGGGGAAUACUUAUAUCAGAAACCAGUGGAUAACAACAAAGAGAUAAUCAAAGCCAUAACAAAGAGGAAGAGACGAGAGACCCCUCAGGCAUUCAAGUGACUCGCGCGCAAGAGAGCGGAUCCGCGAUGGCGCUGGCCAAGGUGACUCACCCUCUCGACUUCCGCAUGUACUCCUGGCUCGUCGCGAACACGUCGUGGGCCCCGAACGCCACUGUGUACCCGGCACCCCCGCAGAGCUACCCCAUUCCGGACCUGUGGACGCGGGCCGCCGACGUGGAGCAUGCCCUUCUUGAUAUCGCCUUCCAGGACCUGCCUUUGGGCGUCAUCACUCUGCUGGCGCUGCAGAAGGGCGUGCGCUGCUCGAGCACACUCUAUCAUCCCGUGACCAAGCUCGCGGUGCGCUACAACAUCCGCUUCUAUGACAUCAUCAUCACUAACAUCCUGAAGACCUUCGUGGGCAUGUUCCUGAUGGCGGUCUCCCUGCCGCUCGUCCUCCCCGUCGUCUGCGCUUUCUGGCUGGCGUCCUGCGUGGUGAGCGCGAUCUACCGCACGAGGUACCGAGGCGUGUUCACGAAGGCGCGGGGCAUGGACAGCGUGUGGGGCGUCGAGUCCAAGGAGAGUCGGCCCUUUAUCACGAUCUGCCUGCUGGUCUCCGGGGCGCCCAGACUCGAGGACAUCCAGAGGCAUCUCCGUGAGAAGAUCUUAGACGUCGUCGAGGGCGGCGCCAAGAAGGACUUCAAGUACAAGAAGUUCCGCCAGGUGUUCUCCAGGGUGUGCGGCUACUACUGCUGGCGCGACGCCGAGGAUUUCGACAUCGGCAACCACGUCAGGAUGCUUCGACUCUCUGAGUUGUAUCCUGAGGGAGAGAGAGGAGAAGGAGAGGCAGUCACGGUCAGAAGAGGAGGAGAAGAAGAAAAGGAAGAGGGGAGAGGGGAGAGGAGCGAGGCCAUGGAUUCUCUGGUUCACCGCUUCUUGAGCGAGGAAGGCACGACGGCCCUCUCCCCCGACAGGCCGCCCUGGGAGGUGCUGCUGCUGCUGAGGGAGGACGGAAGAUACAACGUGGUGAUUCGUCUCCAUCACGCUAUCGGCGACGGCGUGACGCUGAUCCGUCUGUGUGUCGAAGCCCUUGUGGACACGCCCCUGCCGGCCCCUCCCGUCGGCACACGCUCCGGAAACGCUCUCAUGAAGGCAGUGAUGGCGGUCUGGUCCUGCCUCGUGCUCCCACUGGGCCUUCUGCAGGUGGUGGCCAACUUUGACAGGAACUGCCUCCACGGGCGCCAGCUCUCCGGCAAGAAGGUGGUGACGUCAUCCAGGGGCCUUGCGCUGGCCACCCUCCGGCAGGUGAAGACCGCCGCCGCAGCCACCGUCAAUGACGUCCUCAUGGCCUGCCUCUCUCUCGCGCCGCCCAUCUGCCCAGGAGCACUGAUAAGCGGAGGUAAGAGUGAGAAGAGGAGAUUGGAGGAGGUGUCGCAGGUCACCGCCGUCGUCCCCGUCAGCUUCCACGACCUGCGCGCCCCCCUCACGCUCACCAACAAGUUCUCCGUCGCCACCGUCAAGCUGCCGUCCUCGCACUGCCUGGCGCCCGACUCCAGGCUCAGGCACACCAAGACUGUGCUGGAUGGCAUGAAGCGCGACCCGACCCUCGCCGCCGUGUUCUGGGUCGUGCGCGCCGUGAGCGAGGUCCUUCCCGCCCCCGUGGCCGAGCUCCUGCUGUCGGGCCGGGGCGUGUCUGUGGCUGCCAGCAAUGUCCCGGGCCCGCAGAAGGAGAUCAGCGUCUGGGGAGACAAGAUAGAGGACCUGCUCUUCUGGGUGCCCAACCGCGCUCCCGUGGGCGUGGGCGUGUCCUUCGCCAGCUACAUGGGCGUGGUGAAGAUCGGCCUCAACGUCGACGCUGCUCUGGUCCGCUCCAGGAGGGAAGCACAAAUGCUCCUCGAAGACAUGGAGGAGGAGCUGCUCGUCCUCCACAGGCGCCUCGUCCUGGGUCAGCCUUGAACUCGAGGGAAAUAAGGUCAAGGAAGGUCAAAUGAUCGGGAGGAGGGGGUAGGGGAAGGGGGGGAGGGGAAGGAGGGAAUGGAAGGGGAAGGGAGGGGAAGGGAGGAGAACGGGGGGGAGGGUUCAAUAUUUAGGUGGUUUGGAAUAUUUUAUUUACUGUCUGUUUAUAUCCCUUUUUAUCUGUUUAUCACUUGUACUAUAUGUAAUUCUCAUUUAUUUAUUUGUUCAUUUAUAUAGUUAUCUAUUUGCGUAUUUUAGGAAGGAGGCUUUUUGCGUAGAUAAUGACGCUUAAAAGAAAGGAAUAGGGAAAGAGAGAGAAAGAAAAUAUAAGGAAAUAUAAGUAAUGUUUGAAGAGCAGAGAGAGAGAGAGAGAAAGAGAGAGAGAGAGAGAGAGAGAGAGAGAGAGAGAGAGAGAGAGAGAGAGAGAGAGAGAGAGAGAGAGAGAGAGAGAAAGAGAGAAAGAGAGAGAGUAAAAGUUUAACCAAAGCUUCAGCAACAAAGCGUAACGCUGCAUUUAUACCAUUAUUUUCUCGCCAAUACAAACUUCAAACUUCAUCACGAUUUUCAGUAAAAAAAAAA